CAUUAUUUUGAUCAAAUCCAUGAUGACAAAAAUCCUUCCAUUUCUCAACUAUACAGCUUUCACUAACGUUUUUGAACUAACAGUUCUUCGGGUGAAAAAUGGACAAAAUGGAAGAGCUACUGCACUUUGUAGUGUAUGAGCAUUCUGCAUGGAAGCAAAUUUUUUCAUUAUCGACAUAAAUAUUUAAAAAGUUGAAUUUUUAAAAAUGUGUGAAAUAGCGAAUUGUGCAAAAGUAGAAUGUGUGAAAAUUGAGGGUCUCCUGUAAUGGAAAUGUUAAAAAAUUUAAAAUUAAUGAAUCAAAUUAUGAAUAUAUGAAAUAUUUUGUUUUUAUAAAUUUUAAUGAUAUUUAAAAUUAUGAAAAAAUAAUAUACAAUUUUAAAAAAUAUUAACUAACUUUUAAAAAUUAAAUUUAUAGGUAUGGCCAUUUCGGCUCAUAAUGAAAUUUUUAUUGCUGAUGGCACUAAUAUCCGAAUGGUGGAUCGUAAUGGAAUUAUUCAUACCAUAGUUGGCGAUCAUUAUCAUAAGAGCCAUUGGAAACCAUUUCCUUGUGGAAAAACUAUAACACUAAGUCAGGUUAAUCUCAGAUGGCCGACUGAACUGGCUAUAAAUCCUUUGGAUGGUACUCUGCAUAUUUUAGAUGAUCAUCUUGUUUUAAAAUUAACUCCAGACAAAAGAUUAAAAGUAAUAGCAGGAAAACCUCUACAAUGUCCUUCUUCUCAUGAAAAAUCUGAUCAAGCUAAUGAUGUCUUUUUAGAAUCACCUCAAAGUAUUGCCUUUGCGCCUAAUGGGGAUCUUUAUAUUGCAGAAAGUGAUUCUCAAUUUGUUAAUAGAGUUCGUGUUAUUGGAAGUGAUGGACGCAUCUCAAAAUUUGCAGGUGCAGAGAUGAAAUGUAGUUGUCUGGAUAUAAAUUGCAAAUGUUUUGAUGAAGAUAAUUUUCUUGCUGCCACUUCAAAAUUGAAUACUAUUUCUUCCAUUACUGUCACACCAGAUGGACUUUUGCAUAUUUGUGAUCAGGGAAAUUUAAGAAUUUGGUCAGUCACAUCUUCUUUACCUAAGCCAAAUGAUUCUCAUGAAUAUGAAAUAUACUCUCCUGAAACCCAAGAAAUAUAUUCUUUUAAUCGUCAUGGCCAACAUACAACAACUAAAAACAUACUAACUGGAAAAAUUGUAUAUACAUUUUCUUAUAAUGUAAAUACUAGUUUUGGAAAGCUUAGUACAGUAACAGAUGCUGCAGGAAAUAAAAUAUAUAUACUCCGAGACUAUAGUAAUCAAGUUAAAACUAUAGAAAAUACUCGAGGAGGAAAAUGUAGGCUUGAAAUGACCAGAAUGAGAAUGUUACAAAGUUUUACAACACCUGAUAAUUUUAAAACUGUUUUUGAAUAUCAUGGUAGUACAGGUCUUUUGCGAAGCAAAAUUGAUAGUUCUGGUAAAUCAUUUCUCUAUGGAUAUGACAAAUAUGGUCGACUUACACAAGCAGUCACUCCAAGUGGUCACACAAUAAAGUUGUCAUAUAAUUUAAGUAUUAAAGGAGCUGCAGUAACUGUUACCAGAAAUGAUAAAACUCCUGUAUCUUUGCUUAUUAAAGGUUCUGAUGUUACAAUAAAUAAAGGUUCUGCAAUAGAAAAAAUUACCAAAGAUCCUGAUAAUAGUUUGAUAAUAACAAAGGAAGAUUCUAGGACAAUAGAAAUGGAAACGGUUCCUAGUCCUGUUUUAGCAGAUCAAAGUCCUGUACUUGGUGAAACAUUUCCUGUUCCUGCAAAACUUAAAACAACAUUAAAUGAUGAAGUAUCUCAAAAGUUUGAGUGGCGUUACUAUUUACGGAGGGAAGGCAAAGGUCGUAAUCGUCAAAUAACACAAGUGGGCAGGAAAAUGAAGAUAAAUGGUGAAACACUGGUAGCUGUGGAAUUUGAUCGAGAACAGUACAGCGAAACAAUUUAUGACAAAAAUCAAAUACCUUUAGUCACAGUUCGUUAUGAUGAGUUUGGUCAUCCAAAACAAUGGGAACCCAGUCAAAAUUUAACUCCAGUUAAACUAGAAUAUGAUAGAUUUGGUCGGUUGGCAAGAUGGGAAAGAGGCUACUUGUCAGAAAGAUAUUCUUUUGAUAUUCAAGGAAGAUUGGCUGAGAUUCGAUAUUCAGAUAACAGUGGCAUUAUGUAUCGAUAUGAUGACAGUCCCAUUAGUCUG